CUUGCUAAAAUAUGCACAGAAUCACAGGGGGCUCUUGCAUCAAGCUCCAGACUCUUCUCUCUAAGAAAGGGUCAUGUCAGUUGCCACUGCCAGGGCUGUGCUCAGCACCUGGUCUUCUAGUCACUCCCCCUGCCCCUCCCCUUUAGUGACACUUGCUGGGACCUCCCCAAGGCUGAGCUCCUUGGCUUAGGCACCAUUUCAACUGCUACUUAGAGACAAGGUGUCCUUAAACGUUGAGCCCCAGUGUGGUCCCUCUAAGACUGUGUGCCAUGUCCCCGGAGUUGCAGAGUGUUUCCCCAGCAGUGUGCCUCUUUGGGGUCUUGACUCUACUGCUGUGCCCUUCUGGCUUGUGUGAUUGCAAAAUGCCUCCUCCCAUUGCCCAUGGGUCCCAUGAAGAUGUGAGUUCAUUUUUAUCCUUUACUACUGUGAUGUACUACGAAUGCGAUGAAGGAUAUAUUCUGGUUGGAGAGCCUAAAAUCUCCUGCAAAUACUCGCAGUGGUUGUCUCCAGCUCCUCAGUGUAAAGCCCUGUGUCUGAAACCAGAGAUAGAAAAUGGAAAGCUGUCUGUGGAUAAGAAUCAGUACGUUGAGCCUGAAAAUGUCACCGUCGAAGAUCAUUACAUUGAAACUGAAAAUGUCACUGUUCAGUGUGACGCUGGCUAUGGUGUGGUCGGUCCCCAAACUAUCACUUGCUCGGAGAACGGAACCUGGUACCCAGCGGUGCCCAAGUGUGAGUGGGAAGCCCCUACAGGCUGUGAGAAAGUGCUUACAGGCAGAAAACUCACACAGUGUCUCCCAAGCCCAGAGGAUGUGAAGAUGGCCCUGGAGGUGUACAAGCUGUCUCUGGAGAUUAGACAGCUGGAACAAGAGUGAGGCUUGAAGAGGAAGAGCACCAGAUAGAAACCUGCACAUCUAUUCCCCCUCCACCCGCCCACCCCAUAGAGAGCAUUGGGUAUAUUUUUCUCUUUAGCAAUUUUGCUGUUCCUUAGUUACUAGCAUUCACAAGGGGAAGAAAUACCUGUGUUAAACUGAGUGCAGUGGCUUGUGCCUGUAAUCUCAGCUACUCAGGAGGCUGAGGCAGGAGGAUCCCUUGAGACCAGGAGUUCC